GUGGACAAGUUUUCAUAGGAUCAUUGAAGCUGAGAAGAAACUUUUCUUUCCACCUUAUUCCUUGUCAUCUUGUGUUUGCUUCCGUUGAAACGAGAAUGGGUCAACUGUGUGGACGAUGCAUGCAGCUGCUGUGUGACUUCAUGGCCUUUGUUCAAAGGAUGUCCUCCAGCUUGGUGCAUGGCAUCAAGGAAUUCCUAACUCUGAUAAUAAAAUGCUCCUGCUUAAAACAAAGUGGCUCUAAAACCAGACAGCUCUACAAGCCCAUCCUGCAGCCUCAUGAGAGGGUGACAGUGCAGGAGUUUCUGCAGCAUAUCGAAACAGGUUUUGAAAUGUCACCACUUGGGAAGGACCCUCUGGAAGCUUUGAGGACCUUAGCCUUUUCAGAAAACCCAGGUUUACAGCAGUCUGCUGCCCUCUAUUACCUGCAUAUGAGUCAGCACAUGAACAUCCCCCUGCCUGUGGAGCAUCUGGAACCCUUCUAUGCUUUGUUACGGUCUACUGACCUGGAGGUGCAGCAAAUGUCUUCUUUGUCCCUUGUCAACUUUUUGCUGGAAGGAAAUGUUGACAAAGAAUUAGUUGUCCAGAUGGGUUUACUUGAGCCAAUUCUCGAUCUGCUUGAGUCAGAGGAUCCCACUGUCCAAUGUAAUUCCUGUGCCUGCAUCAUGACUUUGGCUGUUUCAGAGUCCAACCGAGAGGCUAUUGGUGCCGCUCGAGGAGUUACACCCCUGCUGUCUCUUGCCAAGUCCUACGAUCCUAGAGUCCAGCAGAAUGCAGUUGGUGCUAUUCUCAACCUCACACAAUCAGAGAAAAUCCAACAGGUCCUAUGCAAAGAAGGAGCCCUGCCAGUUCUUGCCUUGCUGCUGGACUCUCCUGACUCAGAAGUGCAGUAUUACAGCUGUGUUGCACUAAGCAAUGUGGCAGCCAAUGUUCAGCACCACGAAGCCAUGCUGAGACCCAGCAACAGAUUCCUGCUGCAUACGCUCAUCUCUCUCCUGUCUUCUUCUGUGGAUAAGGUUUCAAGCCAGGCGUGUGUUUGUCUAAGAAAUUUGGCUACAAGUGCAGACAUCCAGGCCGAGAUGGUUGCUGAGGAUGUCCUGCCCAAGCUGCGCUCUCUCCUGGCAUCUAGCAGUGAGGAUGUGCGUCAUGCAUCCGUUGCUCUGCUCUGGAUACUGUCCCAGCACCCACACAACCAGGACACUCUGGCAUGUGCUGAGCUACUGCAGAGCCUGGGGAUGCUACUGUCAGCACAUAAAACAGACCCUGUGAUUGUUGGCCAUACUGCUUGUAUCAUCAAAAACCUGAGCCUUUCUCAAAACAGACAGAGAAUCCUUGAGAGCCCAUGUGUUGAAGCUCUCCUCCAGACCAUGCUUUCUACUGACACUCAAGAAGACUCUCUUCAUUAUGUGACAUCUUGCCUUGCUGAACUAGCGAAGCAAGAAGGAGCCACAUCAUGCAUGGUCCAAUGGAUGGAUGAACCCUUGACAAAGUGCUUGGUGAGACUGGCUGGCCAACUGGAACAUACUGAGCCAUCCUUUCAUGCUGCCUCCAUCGUCCAGCACAUGAUAGGGCACGGAAAAAUGAUGCUGCUGUUGAAGCAGCGCAUGGGAGAGAUUCAGGCCUACCUCAGGAAUUUCCUUACCCACCAAGAGCUUCGCUUUCAGCAGCUGGGCAUCUCUACAUUCUGCAGACUAAGAGAAGAUCCAGAAUUUUCAUUAGCAUUCAGAAAAAGCCAAAUGGCCAAACUCCUUGAGCAAGUCCGUCGACAGACAGAAGAAACUCAAGAGCUCCUUAGGGUAGCUAUUUGCCAUGAAGAAAUCUAAUAUUUAAGCCACAUGGCUUAUGAAAACUUACCAGAUCCGAGGGCCUGAUCUUUCAGAGAAGGCAAUUCAUUUCAUUGGCACCUGCAGUUAAAAUUUUUCUGCUACAUACAGUUUCAUCUCACAACGUGGUAACUUCAAUAGCAAGAACCAGAGCAGAUCAAAAGACAACCUCUUGAAUGCUUUGGCUGCCUGCUUAAGCACUACAGCUACAUUCCUUCCAACUGUUUGGAGAACACCUGUUAUGCUUAGGUAAUCUUCCAUCAUUUGUUUUGGG